UGAUCAAAACAUAAUCAUGGCGGCCUCUGCUGCAGUCCGUUCGAGCGUGGGGCUGACUUUGAGACUUUCUAGAGUUAUACCAGAUUGUAGCACAUGUCCUUUCAACAGGUUGAAUAGUUAUUUGAAUGGUAUAGCUAGUUCUUCGAAUGGUGAUCGUUUUCGGACGUUGAACCGACACUUGCAGACAUCCAGAGGUCUGUACCACAAUGAGGAGGGUGCAAGUGCAGAAGUCCCCCAAGAAGAUGUGGUGAAUGUGGUGUAUAUAGAUAGAUCAGGAAAGAGGAUUCCAGUGAAGGCUAAAGUGGGAGACAACGCAAUGUACCUGGCCCAUAGGCACAACAUUGAACUGGAAGGAGCUUGCGAGGCGUCACUAGCUUGCUCAACGUGCCACGUGUAUGUGAACAGAGACCACGUCGACAAGCUACCAGAGCCUGACGAAAGAGAGGAUGAUAUGCUGGACAUGGCCCCCGCGCUACAGGAGAACUCCAGACUUGGCUGUCAGAUCAUCCUCACCCAGGAGCUGGAGGGCAUCGAGCUGACCUUGCCUAAGGUCACCAGGAACUUCUACGUGGACGGCCAUGUUCCCAAACCACACUGAGUACACUACACUCAACACUAGCACCCUAUUUAGUGUGAAGCAAUGUAUUGGGCAUGCGUUCUAAGUAGUAUGCUAGUAUGGAUGUUGGAAGACAGCCCUCAGGACUGAGUCGUAAGAGAGAGAGGUGCACUCUUUGGACUGUCAGCAGGUAUAAAGAGGUGAGCUGGGAUAGAGGAGGCUUGAAGGGGCUCUUAUAUACCCACAUGACUGUGUGCCAGAAGACAAAAGCUAUGUACCAGUCACUGGCUGCGUUUAGAAGGGCAGCCCAAUUAUAUUUUUUUCAAUAAUUGGUCUUUGACAAUCAGAUCAGCUCGGAAAAACGUGCUCCUGAUGUGAUUGGUCAAAAGACCAAUUUAGUGGAAAACAUCAGAAUUGGGCUGCCUGUGUGAACGCAGCCCCUGAAGUGUGUUGUAUUUGGCUCACACUGAAAAUAAUGCUGAUUGUGGAAGAGUUGGAUGGUUUUCAGCAUUCAUGUAUAAAUAUGUCAUGUGUAUUGAAAAGUUCUCAGGCCAAGAUUAAGAUUUCUAUCAAACCA